CUCCGGGGCGCGCGUGGCGGCGGGAGGCGGCGCCGGCUCAUUCAUUGCCGCAGCAGCCGGAGCCGGCGACGAGCAGCCGCGGGAGGAGGCGCCGCCGUGCAGCCCGGUCGCUCCAGGCCGCCUCGCGCGCGGCGCGGAGAGGUUUCCCAUCGCUCCCGGGUCUUCAUGAAGAAGGGGCUUGUAGCCUAGCGGGAAGCAGUCCUCCGUGAAAUCCCAAGCCCAGCAAUGCCCUGGAACAUCAAGUGGCUGAACGGCUACAGUGCCCACAGCUCCCAGUCGCAGAAGCAAUGCAAGAAAUCCUCCUUCGCCUUCUAUCAAGCUGUGAGGGACCAGCUGCCCGUGUGGCUCCUGGAGGACAUGAGGCGCAUGGAGGCCUUCCACUGGCAGGAAGGGGGCAAGGUCAGCACCUACUCCCCUUCUGAGGCCCUCCUCUACGCGCUGGUGCACAACCACCAACCUUAUACCCGUUACCUCCUGAGCAAAUUUCCACAGAGUGCCCUGGCUAUCCCGAGCCUGCACUUCAGCUGCUGCCAUUCGUCAGCGCCUCACCUGGCCAUGGCCGUCCGGUACAACCGCAUCCACAUCCUCUUGGAGAUCCUGAAGGCCAUCAGAGACUUCCCCGUGUGUGACCGAGCUGCCUAUCUGGACCGCAGAGGGUGCAGCCGGGUAGAAGGUGGCAAGACAGCCCUCCACGUGGCCUGUGAACUGUCAAGGCCCGAAUGCCUGCUUUUGCUGCUGGGCAACGGCGCCUCACCUUGCCUGAGUGACUGUGCCGGAAACACCCCUCUGGACCUGCUGCUCCAACAGAUCUGGGAGAGCCCAGCAUCCAAUGUGCGCAGCAGGCUGCUCCUCCUGGACUCCCUCUUCCUUUUCAUGCCUCCGGGCUUCCAUUUCGCCAUGAAACAGCAGCUGCUGGAUGACCAGCAGCAGUGGCAGGACCUUCUAGGUAAAACUAGGUUCCAGUGGCUGGCCGGCUUAGCUCCGGCCUCCCUCUUUGUUCGAUCCAUGCAAGUCUUAAUCAGGACCAUUGCACCAGAUCAGUUCCCAGAGGCGCUGGAUGAUCUGCCAUUGCCACACUUUCUAAAGCCAUUGGACCUGAAACUGAAAAGUUAAAAAAUGAACAGUACUAGAGACCUCUUCCCUUCUCCCCACUCUGCGACUUCUGCUUGUGUGAUGAGAAUAGGUUUUCAUUGUUGUGCAGAGAAUUCAUGUGUUUAAUAUAUACAAUCUGCGUGGGAGAGGGGAAAGUGUUUAAUUAGAACCUGUUUUUAAAAAGAC